GGACUGACACGUGGACUUGGGCGGUGCUGCCCUGUGGGUUGGCCUAGGCCUGAAGGGAGGGCACGGUACUGGGGCACAACGGUGCCCAUGCCAUCUCAGCGCUCCAGCCUGAUGCAGUCAACACCAGAGGAGGCCGGCAAGACCCCAUCUGCGGCAGCAGAGGAUACACAAUGGUCCAGGCCUGAGUGCCAGGCAUGGACAGGGAUGCUACUCCUGGGCACCUGUCUGCUGUACUGCGCUCGAGUUACCAUGCCCAUCUGCACUGUUGCCAUGAGCCAGGACUUCGGCUGGAACAAGAAGGAGGCUGGUAUCGUGCUCAGCAGCUUCUUCUGGGGCUACUGCCUGACUCAGGUGGUGGGCGGCCACCUUGGGGAUCGCAUCGGAGGUGAGAAGGUCAUCUUGCUGUCAGCUUCCACCUGGGGCUUCAUUACUGCUGUCACACCACUGCUUGCCCACCUUGGCAGUGGCCACCUGGCCUUCAUGACAUUCUCUCGAAUCCUUACUGGUCUGCUCCAAGGUGUUUACUUCCCGGCCCUGACUAGCCUGCUGUCCCAGAGAGUUCAGGAGAGUGAAAGGGCCUUUACGUAUAGCACCGUGGGUGCUGGCUCCCAGUUCGGGACCCUGGUGACUGGGGGCGUGGGCUCAGUGCUCCUGGACUGGUGUGGAUGGCAGAGUGUCUUCUACUUCUCCGGUGGUCUCACCUUGCUCUGGGUGUACUGUGUGUACAGGUACCUGCUGAAUGAGAAAGACCUUGUUCUGGCCCUGGGUGUCCUGGCACAAGGCCUGCCUAUGGCCAAGCCCUCCAAAGUGCCCUGGAGACAACUCUUCCGGAAGCCCUCUGUCUGGGCGGCAGUCUGCUCCCAGCUGUCCUCGGCUUGCUCCUUCUUCAUUCUACUCUCCUGGCUACCCACCUUCUUCGAGGAGACCUUCCCCCACUCCAAGGGCUGGGUCUUCAAUGUAGUGCCCUGGCUGCUGGCAAUUCCUGCUAGUCUAUUCAGUGGCUUCCUAUCUGAUCGCCUCAUCAGUCAGGGUUACAGAGUCAUCACAGUGCGUAAGUUCAUGCAGGUGAUGGGCCUUGGUCUAUCGAGCAUUUUUGCCUUGUGUCUGGGUCAUACCACAAGCUUCCUCAAGGCUAUUGUCUUUGCAUCAGCUUCCGUUGGUUUCCAGACCUUCAAUCACAGUGGUAUUUCAGUCAAUAUUCAGGACCUGGCCCCAUCCUGUGCUGGUUUUCUGUUUGGUGUGGCCAACACUGCAGGGGCCUUGGCAGGUGUGAUAGGCGUGUGUCUGGGUGGCUACCUGAUUGAGGCCACUGGCUCCUGGACGUGUGUUUUCAACUUGGUGGCAAUCAUCAGCAACCUGGGACUGGGCACCUUUCUGGUGUUUGGGAAGGCCCAGAGGGUGGACCUGACCCCUACUCAUGAGGACCUCUAGCUCCCUGACUAUCCACUCCCACCCAGGACCCUGAUGUCAGCAGCCUAAGGACAGCAACUCUGUUGAUGAAACUCUGAAUCUGCAUCUCAGAUGUAUGAGCAGACAACAAAGACCAUGGUCUCCUGGGGAACCCUAAAGGUGGAGACAGACACAUGAACCCACACAGGCCCAUGUCAGGAGUAGGGUCAUGGCCUCUCUGAGCUUCAGUGUUCCCAUCUGCUCGUCAGGACCAUCCUGCCCUCCUCUCAGAUGCAGUGGGACUGCUGCCUGCCUGCUAUAAUGAAAGCUGCAUUACUGAUGGGAGUCUUUCCCAGCUCCAUUCCAUGUGGGUUGUUUCUCUGAUAAGUUUUCUCUGUGUUGAAGAUAUUUUGUGUGCUGGAAGAUGUUCAGGAGCAGCUCUGACCCCCACCUAUGCAAGCAUCUUCCAACCUCCAUCUUUCCAGUAGUGAUAACCCAAGAUGUCUAUUGACAUUCAACCAUGUACCCAUGAUAAGACAGUCCCACAAGAACCACAGUGCUAGAGAAGCCAUGGUUUCUGCUUCUCCCAGAAGUCAGGCUGCCACUCUAGCUGGACCAGUGUGCAGUAGGCCAGAGGUCCUUGCUUUCCUCGGCAGUCCCUCCAUAGCCCCCAUUUCCCUUCCUGUGAAUCCCUCAGCACUACUGAUGUGUCCUGGGUAGGUAGGUGCCUGACACUCCUUGGGCUCUGGCUGGACACUCCAGCUAUCACAGACCCCAGAACAUGGUGAAACCUUCCCCACUUUCUGGCCUUGUUUUUCUACCUCCCCUUUUAUACUUGUGGAGCUGGUGGUUUGAUGAACUGAUAGUGAAUUCUCCAAGAUGCCUGUUUAUAUAGAGAUUAUCUUUAUAUAUGGUGAA